AUGGAGUGGCCGAUUCGCUUAUGGCUCUUUCUGGCAGGCGUCGCUGCGAAUAUGCCCAGCAAAGAGGAUUGCGGUGGUGCCGACCCUGAUGCAUGGAUUUCCCCGACACGGGCGUCUCGUGGUUUCCAUGUUAUUUGCAUCUCCCCAGACUGCUCAGCAGGCUCAGAUAGCGGCCAUUGCAAAGCAUCAGAGCCGACUGCGAAAGUGUGCUGGGGUGCUGUCAAAAGCGACUGUCAGGAGUUGCCAGGAUUGGCAUCAAUCCUUGCAGAAGAAGGGCCAGAUAGCCUUGUGUCUCUGCAGGACUUGUUGGCGGAAGGGAGACCAGUGGCGAAUCCUCGACGUUUUGAAAGGCUGCUGAAGGCACGACUUAAGCAUGGGAAGCGUCCUCUAAACUAUGCCUUCUUUGCAGUUGAGGAUGACACCCAGACACCCCGGAGACUUGAAAGUCUUACUGGACAAUCGGGCAUGAUCCUAGCCUUUGAAGGUGGCGCCUUUGUUUGGCCAGGAGUUCGGGUUGGCUUCCGCAGAAACAUGACCAUUCGGCCUGCCAAUGCCCCUCCCAUCGAGUUGCAAAUGGAAACCCGAAGUUUACAGCCUUUGGUGGUUGAGAUCUCUUCCUUUUUGGAUGCGAGUGAUUGCCAACAUAUCAUUGACAAAGCACUCCCGCACGUCGAGAAGUCAACGGUCAAACACAUGGAUCAUGAUGUUGGAAAGCCAGAUGCGAACUGGAGAACAAGCAGCACAUAUUUUAUGCAGUCCGAUGAUUCUUUCUUGCACUUUAAGAAAGGCGCUUAG